CGGGCUGAAGCUCAAUGUCUUUGGUGUACAUAAACCUUUACAGCUUAUGGAAAAAUAGUAGGCUACUUUUUGUGCGGCGGUUGUAUUUUUUUUUAACGCAAGAGCGGAUUUUUCAGUAUGGAUGAGAUGAAGAGGGAGAACGAGGCGCUGAGGGCGAAGUUACGCAGCUGCUCGACACUCAACACAUUUUAUCACGAAACACAACAAGAAAUUACUCAUUUAAAUCAACUGGUUUCCACCAAAGACGGAAUUAUUGCUGAUUUGAGGGCAAGAUUGGGAAAGUAUGAGAAAACUGUGGUUAUAGAAGGUGAAGAACCAUAUAUUGUUGGACCGUCACAAUCCCUUAUCGAGAGUUUGUGUAAGGAGAUUUGCAAAUUAAAACAAAACCUCAAGGAUUCAGAGUCGGACGCCGCACAAAGACAAGAAACCAGUAAAACAGAGAUCCAGAGAUUACAAGAAAAGUUGAAGGAGAAGUAUCAAGAGCUGGAGAUGAUCAGGCAAAGGCCCGAGCAGGAGAAGGAGAGGGAGAUCCAGCGACUGCGUUCCUCCCUGGCCGACAGUGACCGGGCACAGGCCACCAGGGCUGUCCUCUGCAACUCUCUUGCUGAAGAAGCUGAGCAGUUGAGGGCGCAGCUGGGGGCCACAGUGCAGGUGUGCCAGAAGCUUUUGGGGAGGUUGGAGAAAGAGAAAAGCAAGGCUGCAAUGACGGAUCAGAGAGCUCAGGUUCAUGAGACAACAGAUUCCUCAGAGGUUUCCCAUCUAAAUGUCAUUAUCAGCAAGUUACAAGAGGAGAACGACCAGCUUAAUAAGAGAGUUGCAUAUGUGGAAAGUUUAAACUCAAAGUGGCAGAAGUAUGACUCCAGUAGAGAGGAGUAUGUGAGGGGUUUGUGUCAGAAGUUGAAAGAAUCAAACGGCCUGGCAUCUGCUGGUCCCACCAUGACCCAAACUCCAACAGCGGGCAGCACGGCUCUGAUACAGCAGGAGAUAGCUCGACUAAACGGCCUUGUGGAGGAGAAGAUGAUUGAAUCUGAGAGACUCAGCAGAGAGAGGGACGACAAUUUGAGACGAGACCAGGAGCGUAUUCAGAUGCUUGAGCAACAGGUGUUGGCCUAUAUUGAGGACUUUAAAUCAGAGAGAGCAGACAGAGAGAGGGCGCAAGGAAAAAUUCUGGACCUUCAAAGCAAAGUUGGGCGACUCCAGCAGCAAAUACACGCACAGAGCAUCAAUGAAGCCUCAUCCUCACGACGACUCCACAUUGGCCUGAAAAAAGCUCCCCACCGACAGGCGAACACUGCCGAACCACUAAGGAACAGUCCCCCAGAAACAAGCUCAAAGAGAACUAUCAGUAACUUUGCACAACAGGGAGCCGCUGAACUGCAGUGCCCCCGUUGUCUUACCACAUACGAUGACGAGCAUGCAGCCGAAUAUUUAAACCACUGGGACGAGUGUGCCAAGCUGUGAGUCUCUCACACCUCACUGACAUUUCACAGGACACAACAAGCACUGAGGACUGAAUCACUACAAGCUUAUUGACUAUGGCGUGUGUGGCAGAAAGGGUGUUGAUAAAGACAAAGGCAUGCUGAAACAUGAUGGAGUCUGAGGAAAAGCUUUGAUUUGCAUUGGUUUUUGUUGUUUCUUUUAGGCCUGGAUUUGCAGUUGUCAAUUUGGUUGAUGUUAAGGUUGGUUGGGGCACAGGGCUCAAGAUGACUAGGGUCAGUCAUUCUUAGUUCAAGGGCUUACUCACAUGGCUGUCACGGAAUACAAAUGGUUUGUUUGUGAAUUGUGAAAAUUGCUUAAGUUUUAAAUCUCAGACAGCUCACAUAAUGGCAAGCAUUUGUGGUUAAUAUGUAGGUGAGUUUUGCAAUUUGUUUUGUGUCACAGUUACAAGCAUUGCACAAAAUAGUUUUUGUUUGUGUUUAGGGCUGAAACGAUUAGUCGACAGCGGCGACAAAAAAAAAUUGUCAUCAAAAAGUUUUGUUGUCAAAUAGUCAUCUGAUUUCAUUUAACACAACAUGAGAUCUUUUGAAACGCUAAUAAUGACGUGGGAGAGCAGCACUUCAGCUCGCACUUGAUUGAUGAGAAGAAGAAAGAACAGCUCACAGUCCAGAUGCACUCCAAACUUUCCAAUCAGAUUAAGGUGAAGUAGAUAGCAAAGUAUUAUAAUACAACAUAAAUGCAAAAUAAGUAAAUACAGAAGCAGUGUCGUCAUGAAAUAAAGCGGAGCCGUACCUGGUGUUCUGCUUGAGCAAACAUUGCCUGUCAGAGCAUCUAAAAAGGAAACACUGCACUGUUAUAUACUGUAUUUAAUGCAUUCUUUAUUAAAGUUCAAAUAAUAAGGAAGCGGGCUGUAUAAAUAAGCACAAACUCCGAAACUGGCAUUUGUCUGUGUGGUCAGAGCCGCUUAUAUGAGUCGCGUGAAAAACAGCACGAGAGUUUCAAACUUCUCCCGGCUGAUACACUCUCGCGCGGAGAUACUUAUCACUGGUGCAGUCUUGCUACAGCUAGAUUUUUUUUAUAGUGAUUGCUCGCGACAUAGUGAAUUAUAAUAUGAGUGUCCCGGCGUGUAUCAUAUGGUGAAGAAAAAUGGUGAUACGCAGCUCUAUAAAGAGGAAAGAUUUUGUAUUUUGUGAGUUAAAGAUGCAUCGAAAUCAAGCGAACAAAAAGGUGAGAGAGUAUAGUCUUAGCCAGGGCUGGACUGGGAAGAGAAAUUGGCCUGGGAUUUUACAUGGCAACUGGCCCAAAACUUGUUUAAGGUGGGGGUGAGACAGAAGUUGUGGGGGGGCAGGUGUUCGCUGUCCUUUUCUGCAUAUCGCAGCGCCGUUUUGUGGUCCGUUCUGCAUAAUGCGGCAGCUCAUUUUAGCUUAUCGCAGCCCAUUAGGCCCGUUUCGUGGCGACCCACCGGCCCGCUCGGAUCUUUCGAUGGCCAGUCAGCCCAUGAUCGGCCCCAAAGUGCAUCGGCCCACUGGGAAAAUGCCCGGUAUGCCAGAUUACCAGUCCAGCCCUGGUUUUAGGCCAUUAUACAAUACAAAUUUUAUUUAUUUUUUAUAUCUUUUUUGUUAUUUUUCUAAUAUAAAUAUCUAAAACUCUUUAUGUACAUUUACUUUAGCAGCUAUACUGCAGAAGAAAAAAUUGUUAUCAGAGAAUUUCGAAUAUAAUAUUUAAAUAAUUUGAAUAUUUAAAUAUUUUAAAAUCUGCGAUGGACUGGCGACCUGUCCAGGGUGUCCCCCGCCUUUCGCCCAAUGUUAGCUGGGAUAGGCUCCAGCCCCCUGCGACCCUGUACACAGGAUAAGCGGUUGACGAUGGAUGGAUGGAUGGAUGGAUGGAAAUAUUUUAAAAUAUUUAAAAAUCCAUAAAACAAGAUACAUUUACCUGAAAAGCAGCAUAUACGAUAUUUAGACUUGCUUUUAGAGCAAAUAUCUUGAAUAUGAGUAGCUUUUUGUCUUGUGAAAUAAAAAUACACUUAUCAAAAUACACUUAUAUUUAAGAUACAUUCACUUAAAGCAAGUCUAAAUAUCUUUUAUGUUGCUUGUCAAGUAAAUGUAUCUUGUUUUAAGGAUUUUUGGACUAUUUUAAAUGUAAAACGAGACAAAAACACUUGAUAAUAGGAUUUUUUGCAGUUCAAUUUUUUAUAAAUUAAACAAAAAAAAUACAAGUUGUUUUUCCCCUUUAAUUCAGUGAAUGUCAUUUAGAGGUAUUUUUAAAAUAUUAUGUUGUCCUCUUUAUUGUUAGUAAGCACUUUUAAUACAACUUUGUAUUAAACGCACUUGCUUGUUUUGAUUAUUGGGGAGGGCUAGCUCCCCCCAUCCCUCCUGGAAUCUAUGCCCUUGGAUAUGUUUAAAAUCCAAAUGGAUCCUAAAAUUGGUAUCAUAUACCUCAUUGAUAUGUAUUCUGUUUAUCAACUGGUUUGCACUUUUUGCUGUAUUAAUUAUUGCCAAAUACAGAUGAUAAAAGCACAUACAGUAUAUUAUAUUUAAUACAUAAGCUUUUUAUUUUAUAUACUUUAAAUUAUCAUUCAUACAGUUUAUUGUCAUGGUGCUAAUUGUAAUGUAAAGUGUGAUGUAAUGUUUCUGUAAUGUUUUUCUGUUAAUUGUAGGUAGGCUAUAUUAUUAUUUGACUUGGUCUUAAAUGUAAAUCAAAUCGAAUUGAAAUUUUAUCAGGAAAUAUAAAGCAGUACAGCAUGCAAUAUUAAUAAUCAGUUGAUAUCUGAUCUCUUUAAGAUUUAUGUCAAUUUCAUUUCAUGAUUAUAAACAUGUUAUUAAAUGAUACAUGGUUCAGCAUGUCAUUACUUUCUUAGACUUCAAGGCACCCUUUGACUGUAAGGCUGUUGAAAACAUUCUAGUUUUAAGUAAUAGAGGUAAACUGAGAUGUGAAACCUUAGUGUCUGACAAAAUGCCUUCCAUUGCAAUGCAUUUGAACAGUUUUAUGACAACAUCAAACCAAGACAUUGAAAUGUGACAAGUACA